GACAGCCGGUCGAUGACACGCACUGACAGUUGAUAGCAGGUUGUGCGUGUGUGUGGGUGACAGCGGCUAGCAUCACACUUCAGCCGUGAAACUGCGGACGUUAGCCAAGUCAGAGGGAGACGACGGUUGAAUUAAUGUUCAGCAUAGCUCAGGAGCCCGCCAGCUAAAAGGAUAAAACGCUAUUUCUGAGUUCGGCGAGGAUGUCUGUCCCGGCAGGAGAGGGAUGAAGAUGACAACACUGUUAUGGCGAGUUGUGUCAGUGUGGCUAUGUGUAGCUGUAGUCUGUUGGUACCCUAGUUGCUAUGUCGGUUGCACGGAGCUGCACCAAGAGGCCCAGAGGCCCGAGUCCUCACAGGACGUCCGUUCGGAGGAAGAGCCUGGGGAAAGUACUCAACCUCACAAGGUCGAGGAAAGCUGGGUGUUACCUGUCCAGUCUCUGCCUGAGAAUGAACAGUUGACAGAGGAUAAUGGGCAGAAAGAGGAGCAGACAGCACAAGAAGUGGACAAUAAACAACAUUUAGAGGCCUUUGAAGCAGAGGAGCCUGCUGUGGAGUUAGAGCUGGAAGCACACAAAGGACUUUCACAACCUGAGCCAGAACCUGAGCAAAUCUCAGAAAAUCAACAUCCGGAAACUUCCAUCACUCAAGACCAGGACUCAGCCCCCCUGCUGCCUUCCCCUGACCCUCUUUCUGGUCCUGCCUCUGGGCUUAGCGACAACCCUGACAUCCUUGAUAUUCAAGACAACAUCCCAAAUAGUGCUUCAGAUGAUGCAUCUGACGUAGCCGCACCCGAAGUCGGUGAUUCUGACCUGCCCCCAGCUCACUGUGAAGAAGAGGAGGACAAUCCAUAUGACGGUGAAAGCAGUCCUCCAAUAGUUUUGGAGAACACUUCCAAUGUUCACACUGCAGGAACUAAAACCCACACCGACCCUCCUCUGAGUCCUCCGGCUGGUCAUGGCACACAGCAUCUGGAGGGCAACGCAUCUCACAUGCUGGAAGAGCAAGACUCCCCUGUCACCACAGUCACAGAGCCCUCUGUGAGCAGCAAGGACCCUGAGGACAUCCCCACAUUUGAUGAGUGGAAGCGGAAGGUGAUGGAGGUGGAGAAAGAAAAGCCUCAGUCUACUCAUACUUCUAACAACGGGGCGAUUAAUGCAGUGAAGAGAGUCCAGAAGAACUUUAAUAACUACGCCUCUGUGGAGUGUGGAGCCAAGAUCCUUGGUGCUAACCAAGAUGCCAAGAGCACGUCAGCCAUAUUGAAGGAGAACAUGGACUUGUACAUGCUAAACCCCUGUAGUAACAAAAUCUGGUUCAUCAUUGAGCUCUGUGAGCCCGUCCAGGUGAAGCAGUUGGAUAUCGCUAACUUUGAGCUCUUCUCUUCUACUCCCAAAGACUUCCUUGUAUCGAUCAGCGAUAGAUAUCCAACAAACAAGUGGCUGAAGCUGGGAAUGUUUCAUGCUCGGGAUGAACGCACAGUCCAGAGCUUCCCUUUAGACGAAGAUAUUUAUGCUAAAUAUGUGAAGAUGUUCACCAAGUACAUAAAGGUAGAGCUAUUGUCUCACUUCGGCUCCGAGCAUUUCUGCCCCCUCAGUCUCAUAAGGGUGUUUGGCACAAGUAUGGUGGAGGAGUACGAAGAGAUAGCUGAUCCACCAGAGAGACCCGACGAUCCGGAUGAUGUAUUGGAGUACUCUCCUGGAUAUGCACCUGGUGAAGUCAAGUUAUCUAAAGAUCUAAUUGGAUCAGCAAAAGAUGCCAUUUUGAACAUGGUCAACAACAUUGCUGUCAAUGUCCUCGGUGGAGGCCCAGAGAUGCAAGGCAACCUUUCAUCACAGGAAGGAAACAUGACUGAGCCGUCAGCUCAACAUGAAACCACCACCACUACUGACCUUACGUCACCACACGCUCCUGACUCUGAAGAGAAAGAGGUUUUACUGGACCCUGAUAUCCCUGCAACCGUAGUCCCCUCCUCAGAGACACCAGUGGCUGAGGCACCUGCUGCUGAUACAGUCAAACAAGAGCUCCCCCCAGUGGAGGAAAAAAUUGUCAUGCCCUUAGGGAAAGAUGAAGAAGAGCCUAUCAGCUCUACAAUCACCCUUUUGGAAAAGGAAGAAGAGUUAGAUGAAGAAAAGGAGAAAAGGGACCAUCAUGAGCGACAGCAAGAAAUCCAGAACUACUGUUCACUACUUCCUUCAUUUUCUUCCUCUUGCUCUUGCGCAGCGUCCCUUGAGGAGUAUCUCCAUCAGCAGUGUUCAGCUCUACUGUCCAAAAAAAGGAAAUGCCAAUCUGUAGACAGAAAACUAAUUGUUUCUCCAACACCCGCUUGGCUCCAACCUCUGUCCCCCUCUGCCUGCCCUGAACCUCAGCAGCAGCCCAGUGAGGUACAUCAGCCCCAUGAAAAAGAACAAGUCUCUGAACAGCAGCCAGAGAUCAGAGCCAGCCCGUCAGAAACACCGCAGCCUCCUGGGAACACAGCAGAGCCUCAUAAAGAGUCAGUGUCCAAUCCUCCUCUGCUGGAGCCCAGUCAAACCUUGAACCUCCUCAGACCCAGUGCCACUGACUCAUCCUCUGCCAAGUCUACACCUAUUGUGGAGACACCACAGCUGUCUUCUGAGGAGCCAGCGAAGGAGCUGAUGCCAGAAAAGAGCCAGGAUCUGCUGGCUGAGGAGAAGCACGUUGAGCCCUCAGCCUCGGAAAAACCCAGCGUUGGUGCUACAGCGGAUGAAGCCUCAGUGGCACCAACAGAAGAGAAAUUUGAUAUUGUUUCUGAGCAGGAGUUUAAUGCCCCAAUCCAAACCCCGGAUCAGGCAGAACGAUCUCAAGUUCUCCAUCCAACCACCUCCCCCGAUGUAGAACAUCACCCUGACCCACCAGCUGUACCCGAAAGUGGUGCUGCUAUCACUGAAGUGGCCCACCCCGCUCAAGACAUCGUCACAGAACUUGAGCCCUCUGGUGGUCACAUGGUCGUCACCGAAACUAAAAUGGAGGAUUUCUCAGAGGACGUCUCUGCAUCGUCACCCUCCCCUGCAGCUCCAUCUCCCUCACCAACCUCACCGUCCCUGUCGGACAUCUAUGCAGAUCCCCCCAACGGUACGGAGCAAAACGGGAACCCGGUGCAUGGGUCCAGCCAGAAGGAGUCUGUGUUCAUGAGACUCAACAACCGCAUCAAGGCCCUGGAAAUGAACAUGUCGCUCAGCGGACGCUACCUGGAGCAGCUGAGCCAAAGGUAUCGAAAGCAGAUGGAGGAGAUGCAGAAGGCUUUCAACAAAACCAUCAUUAAACUCCAGAACACCUCCAGAAUAGCAGAGGAGCAGGACCAACGUCAGACUGAAUCCAUUCACUUGCUGCAGGGCCAGCUGGAGAAUGUGACUCAGCUGGUUCUCAACCUGUCUGUCACAGUCAGCCAGCUGCAGAUUGAGGUAUCAGACAGGCAGAACUACCUGCUGCUGUCUCUGGUGUUGUGCCUGUGUCUCGGCCUGGUGCUGUGUGCAAACUACUGUCGCAUCACCACUAUUCCGCCUGCCACAGAGCCAGAGCCACCCAUGGCAAAAAGCUACACCUUCUGCUCUCCUGAAAGGCAGUUUUCAUCGUGUGAUGAGACGGGCUUGAAGAGGAGUGCAUCCUAUCCGCUCAUACACUCCGAGUCAUUCCAGCUAGCCACCACAGAAGGCCCUGAAAUGCUACAUGCAGAUGACACACAGAGUCUUUGUCCGGCUAACAGAAAGAGGAGACGCCGUAAGAUGAAACCCAUAGAGAAAGUGGAGACCCUGAAACCUUCUUUGCACGCUGCUCCAGAACUGUGUAAUGGAGGGGUUGUGUGUAAUGGUGUGCCCGUCAUCACAAACCCUUCACCUUUUACGAAAAGGUUACUUCAACCUAUGUUUAGAGACUCGCCGUCAGAGGGCAGCUCGGAGGGAUCCUCGCAUUCAGAUGACCCCUCCUUCUGUGGCAUCACCACGGCCUGCAGCCGGAUCUGUGACGGGCUCCCUCCACCCAAGACCCGGGCGGAGAAGCGGGCAUCAAGGCGCAGGCGUCCUAAGCCCAGCUGUGCGGUGGUGGACUUGCUUCAGGGCCCGGAAAGGGACAAGAGCGAACAAUUGCCCAUCUCGACUAUACAUGACAUCAUGAACAGGAAAACGGAGCAAAGCUCUGGGACAUUUGGGGUAAACGUCACCCUCUCAGGUCCUGUCUGACGUCUCUACUCCUUCUCACUGACUGCUCAACUCUUUCCAAAAGAGGAUGGAUGUUUAUUUCUGUAGCCAAAGGUAGCUUUAAGCUUUGACAUGAGACAAUCCCUUCUCUCCUUCUCUCUUACUUUAGUUUUGUUUUCUGUUCCUCCUCUCUGUUCGGUUCUUGCCAGAUGUUUAUAUUUGUUAUACUUUCAAAUCAAAGAAAUGUCUUCCCAGCUUUCAUUAAAGCUUUUUCUCUUCUGUUUGGAAAUACUGUUAGUAUUCAUCCGGUAAAUUGAACAUAAUGAUAAAAUAGUUUUAGUU